AGUUGAGUUUGAUCUGCGCACGCGAGUAGUGUAAACACCACCAACACUUAUGAAGUGUCCCUUCUAAUAUUGUAAUACAAAUUACAUUAAGCUAUAGUAACUUUACAGACUUUUCUCGUUCCCUGGAGUACAUUGGAAUAAUCCUUCUCAGGGUUAGCGGUGCUCGGGUCCGGUAACAACAUGGCGGCGUCCGUGAGGGGCUCCUUUGGGCAAGGGUAGUGUUCGGUGUCCCUGUCUUGCGUGAUGUUGACAAACUGAAGCUUUCCUGCACCACUCGACUUAAGGAAGAGUGUACUCGUAGGCGGACAGCUUUAGUGGCCGUCCGUCUGCUCUCAUCCCCCAUAAGGAGCAGAGUCCUUUGUACUGACCAGGAUGAGCAACAUCUACAUCCAGGAGCCUCCCACGAAUGGGAAGGUUUUAUUGAAAACUACAGCUGGAGAUAUUGACAUAGAGUUGUGGUCCAAAGAAGCUCCUAAAGCUUGCAGAAAUUUUAUCCAACUUUGUUUGGAAGCUUAUUAUGACAAUACCAUUUUUCAUAGAGUUGUGCCUGGUUUUAUAGUCCAAGGCGGAGAUCCUACUGGCACAGGGAGUGGUGGAGAGUCUAUCUAUGGAGCGCCAUUCAAAGAUGAAUUUCAUUCACGGUUGCGUUUUAAUCGGAGAGGACUGGUUGCCAUGGCAAAUGCUGGUUCUCAUGAUAAUGGCAGCCAGUUUUUCUUCACACUGGGUCGAGCGGAUGAACUUAACAAUAAGCAUACCAUCUUUGGAAAGGUUACAGGGGAUACAGUAUAUAACAUGUUGCGACUGUCAGAAGUAGACAUUGAUGAUGAAGAAAGACCACAUAAUCCACACAAAAUAAAAAGCUGUGAGGUUUUGUUUAAUCCUUUUGAUGACAUCAUUCCAAGAGAAGUUAAAAGGCCGAAAAAAGAGAAACCAGAGGAGGAAGUAAAGAAAUUGAAACCCAAAGGCACAAAAAAUUUUAGUUUACUUUCGUUUGGAGAGGAAGCUGAGGAAGAAGAGGAGGAAGUAAAUCGAGUUAGUCAGAGCAUGAAGGGCAAAAGCAAAAGUAGUCAUGACUUGCUUAAGGAUGAUCCACAUCUCAGUUCUGUUCCAGUUGUAGAAAGUGAAAAAGGUGAUGCAGCAGGAGAUUUAGAUUAUGAUGGAGAAGAUGAAAGUGCAGAGCGUGAUGGAUAUAUUGACGGUGAUGAAAAGAACCUGAUGAGAGAAAGAAUUGCCAAAAAAUUAAAAAAGGACACAAGUGCAAAUGUUAAAUCAGCUGGAGAAGGAGAAGUGGAGAAGAAAUCAGUCAACCGCAGUGAAGAGCUCAGAAAAGAAGCAAGACAAUUAAAACGGGAACUCUUAGCAGCAAAACAAAAAAAACUAGAAAAUGCAGCAAAACAAGCAGAAAAAAGAAGUGAAGAGGAAGAAGCCACUCCAGAUGGUGCUGUUGCCGAAUACAGAAGAGAAAAGCAAAAGUAUGAAGCUUUGAGGAAGCAACAGUCUAAGAAGGGAACUUCCCGGGAAGAUCAGACCCUUGCACUGCUGAACCAGUUUAAAUCUAAACUCACUCAAGCAAUUGCUGAAAUGCCUGAAAAUGACAUUCCUGAAACAGAAGUAGAAGAUGAUGAAGGAUGGAAGAAGGAGAGAGCUUCAAAGAGGAGGAGAGGGCUAUGAUUGAGGUGUUCUGGGAAAACGUCAACCCACUCAAAUGCAGAGUGGUCAGACUCAAAGCCACCCCAAAAUAAGCCAGUGUUUGGAAGUGUGUCCCAUCUUCCCCUCACCAUAAAGGUUAUAAUGUUGGUUUUAUUUCAGAUAAAACAGAAUUUCGUCUUCUGAACUCACAGUCUCUGUUGGUUAUUCUGAAACAUAUUACCACUAAAUCUGUCUGUGUUGAAGUACCCUAUGGUUUCUCUACCAUUCCUCCUGGAUCGUGUCCACCUUAACCAGUGCAGUGUUAUCCUGGAACAGAGGAAACCACAGACCUCCAGGGCACACGCUAGAGAAUACUAUUUGCAGGUUUAAAGAGAUAACUGAAUGACAAAAUUAAAACCAGUUUGGUUGAAUGUUUCAAGUCCUGUUUUAACCACAAGGAGCAGAAACGUCUGAAGUUCCACAGAGAUUAGAAUUUUAUCAGAAGAACUUCAACAUGAUAAUAAAAUUCAUCAUAAACUUAACUGAAUAAGAGCAAUAAUAAUUUUUAAAAAGCUUAAAAAUGUAGUUGAAUUAUCUGUUCAAUAUUGUAUGAAAUGUGUUCAUAGUAAACCUUUUGCAAAUGUCACAGGAAUGUGUGGGAGCCAAAUGAAUUGCCAACACAAAAAAAAAUUCAAAAAACAUGCUAGAAAAUUAGUCUUUUAAUUUUAAUUUCAUAUUUGGGAUUUUUAUUUUAUGUGUCUUACCCUAGGGAUGUUAUCCUAAGACAAGGAAGUAUGUUAGCAUUGGUUUUUUGUUUGUUUGUUUUGUUUUUUACAUUUCUUCCUGCUAUAUGAGUUAGCAUUCUUAUUUGUUGUGUGUGACAAAGCUGCACGUUCUGGAGAGCAAAGAGAAAAGCUACUCCCAGCAAUUUUUUUUCUCAGUUUAUGACAAAUCACAUUUUCUCAUGGUUGAAGUCAUUGGCAAAGUGAAAGUUUAACCCUAGACCUCUCCAUUCUCAAUAGGUAAUUGAGGCAAAUGCAGAUCUCUCUAGAAUUUUUAAUGAUGUAAUACAAAAUGCAAGGCUUGAUGAAAUUUGAAUUCCAAGCGAAAUAAUGAAACACCAAAUCUUACUAUCAGAAGUCCUGGGUUUGUAGAAAGAAACAUUUAUUCAUUUAUUCCCCAAAAUCACUGCCACCACCAUCAAAGCCAUAGGUGAAUCCUAAAUGGUGUAAUAAUACACAUGCCCUCAGCACUCUGUAUCCUCUGAGGCCACACAGUAAUGCAUCUGCUGCAUCUAAAAAUGGGGCUACCAUAGAACAAGGUCAUUAAAAAGUGUGAGGAGAUGAGUGGUUUGCUGCUGUUUUUAGAACAAGUUCAAUAAGCUAUGAUGUCCUUAUCAAGCUGUCACUACCAAGUUCCUUGAUAAGAUCUGACGUGUGAGGUACAUAAACCUGUUCUGUUGUAGCACUGUGGCCUGUAUGGAAAAGGUUAGAUAAAUGCAAAAUAAUGCCCAAACAUGCUGUUUAAUCUUGGUGAUAACAAGAAAGAAAAUGGAGGUGUGAAGUGAGUUACCGUUGAGGGUUGUAUCAGUAUAAGCAAUUUGUCUGUAAUGGGUGUAGAGAAGUUAAGAGAGGUUACAUUCUUUAACACUGUCAUUCACACACACACACACACACAAAAGCGGGUCCAGUUUCUCUAUGGCUUUGUCUCUGUUCCAAUAACUCUGAACAGUUUAUCAGGUGGUAUCAUUUCUGCUUACUAGAAAGCAGGAAGUUUAACUGUCCCAUGUAUAUUUUAUCUCCUUUCUUCUUUUAGCUUUUACUGAAGACAAGUGAAACAGGAACCAUAUUGUAGAGAAAUCCUUUCUAAUAAAGCCUUGAUGAAAUUUGAAUUCUGACAGAAAUAAUGAAAUACUAAAUCUUACUAGGGUGGGCAUUAGAAGUCCUGUGUUUGUAGAAAUAAACAUUUAGUCAUUCCCUAAAAUCACUACCACCACUACCAAAGCUGUAGGGGAAGAUCUUUGUCACAGGUGCUAAGAGUUUCAUUAUUCCCUGUGGAAAUCCCUGUGAAAGUUGUUUUCACUGGUAGGCUGGUAAACCAGCUUUCCUUAAUAAAGGAAAGAAGAGCCAUCAUUUGCAGCAUUUACUGAUUUCCACAACAUAAGUCCUCUCACCGUGGCUGAUUUCAAGCCACCAAAAGUAGCUCCAGUAAACUGGUUAUUUUUCCCAUUCUGUUUUAUUCUAGCUAAAAGCUUAUACAGUAACUCUUGCAUUGGCACUAAAGAACUUACACAAAGGUUUGAACCCUUUGCUAGGAUCACAGUCUUCAUGCAUAUUUCUAUUUUUUGUAAUUACUUCACACCAUCCUAAGUUCUAGCAAUACCUGUACCCUACAUUUUUAUGGCAGUUUAUAUCUUUAGAUUCUCGACGGAGUUUUCCAGAACCACUUGCCUCACAUUUAUUUUUCCCCUGCUUCUUGUGUUUUUUGCCCCAAUUAGGCAUAUGUCCAAUUCAAGAAGCAACCAAAUCUUACAGGGGGAAAAAAAAAACGCUGUUGGGUGGGGAAAGGAAAGAAAUGUAAUUAUAGUUCUUUGAAUUAUUCCAGGUAAGUGAUAAUGUAUAAAUUCAUUAUUUAAUUUAUUUUAAACUGUAUUUUGGGUUAGGGGGUGAGAAGUCCUACCUGAAAAGAAAAGAUGACUGGCUUCUAAAUGAAAUGCAGACAGGAGUCUGGUCUCUCUCUUUUCCACAUCUGCUGGGAAUUAUUUCCUUAAGAUUAGAUCAUGGUGCUAAUUCAUGUUAAACAUCUUCUGGAUGCUUUCUUCACAGCACCAGUCAGAAAGGUGUUCUUGGUCUUUUAGGAAAUUAUUAUUUUCUCAUUCUCAUGAUGCCAAAAAUGAUAGUAAUUGCUAAAGUUAUGGCACUUUUUAAAAGUAAUCAGGAUAAUUUUAAAAGCAGGACACUCUUAAGUGACUUUCCUAUUUACUUUCUGAAUUUACUCUAGAGAUUUAUUAUGAUAUUCAAACACUUUAACAAGAAUAUAUUUGAGGCCAGAAGCAGUGGCUCACGCCUGUAAUCCCAACACUUUGGGAGACUGAGGCAGGAGGAUCACCUGAGGUCAGGAGUUCGAGACCAGCCUGGCCAACAUGGUGAAACCCCCCUCUCUACUAAAAAUACAAAAAUGAGCCGGGUGCAGUGGCUCACAUCUGUAAUCCCAGCACUUUGGGAGGCCAAGACAGGCAGAUCACUUGAGGUCAGGAGUUCGAGACCAGCCUGAACAACAUGGAGAAACCCCAUCUCUACUAAAAAUACAAAAUUAGCCAGACGUGGUGGCACAUGCCUGUAAUCUCAGCUAUUCAGGAGGCUGAGGCAGGAGAAUGGCUUGAACCCAGGAGGCAGAGGUUGUAGUGAGCUGAGAUCACGCCAUUGCACUCCAGCCUGGGCAACAAGAGCGAAACUCUGUCUCAAAAAAAAAGAAAAAAAAAAGGAGCUGGACCUAGUGGCACACACCUGUAGUCCUAGGUACUCAUGAGGCUGAGGCAAGAGAAUCCCUUGAAUAUGGGAGGUGGAGGUUGCAGCGAGCUGAGAUCGUGCCACUGCGCUCCAGCCUGGGCAACAGAGCGAGAAUCUGUUUGAAAAAAAAUAAAAAUUAACUAAUUAAUUAAUUUAAAAGGCCAGGCACUGUGGCUCACGCCUGUAAUCCCAGCACUUUGGGAGGCCAAGGUGGGCAGAUCAUGAGGUCAGGUGAUCGAGACCAUCCUGGCUAAUGCGGUGAAGCCCUGUCUCUACUAAAAAUACAAAAAAUUAGCCGGGCGUGGUGGCGGGCACCUGUAGUCCCAGUUACUCGGGAGGCUGAGGCAGGAGAAUGGCGUGAACCCGGGAGGCGGAGUUUGCAGUGAGCCAAGAUCGCACCACUACACUCCAGCCUGGGCGACAGAGUGAGACUCCAUCUCAAAAAAAAAAAAAGAAUAUAUUUGAAAUGAAGCAUACCAUGUAUGGAAAAGAAAUGACUAAACUAUAUGCUGUAUGGUUCAUUCUGAACAGCUAUGAGUAAACUUACAAUUUGAAGGUUU